UACCAAAGAUUCCUUAGUAUUGUGCAAAGAAAAUGAUCUCACGCCUACACGAAGCGCAAUUCUUUAAAGUAUCUCGCAAGAAACGUUUACGAGCAAAACAAGAGACUCGGUGACUUGAGUGGCAUGCGCUGCAACUUUUUUUGCAAAAAAACAACAGAAAAAUACAUCGUUCAAGGGCGAAGAGUCAACGCGGGAAACGUUUCCAUUGGUCCAGUGUUGCAGCGACUUCUCGAAAGGUACCACCAGGUAAUUUCAAUGCCGCGAAUUAUGGCGGGAAGGGACGCCAUCUUGGAUACUUCGACGCGCGGAUUCAAUUCUCUCUCGAAAAAUUUCUUGGAUAAUUCUCAACGUUACAGAUAUAUUUCUUCACCUUAUCAAGUACCAUAUGUUCUAAAAGAUCAGAUCGUGAAAUCAGCUGAUGCGAAAGUCAGGAUGCGCUUCAGCAACGAAAGUAUAGAGAAGCAACGACCUAUCGCAAAACAUUUGAAACGUGAAAUACGUUGAAGAAAUAGCGAGGAAACAGGGGGAGAAACCAGUAGCAGACGUGGCUCUUUGUUCUUCCGAAGACGCUGAAGCCGAGGUCAAGCGAAACGCAAGCGUGCGGUCCAUGGUCGACGUUCAAACCAGUUUCCAUUAAAAAGACUUUCGGUGGCGCCUUCACGUGGUGUUUCCCCGAGGCUGCCGCAGGAUCACCGACGCCAUUCUACAGGAUAUUGACCUACCGAUGCCAUCUUGGAUCACGGUUUACGUGAUCGUAGUACUACUCACAGCUGGCACCUACAUAUCCUCGUGCUCGGCACACUCUUGAUUGCUUUCGAAACAUGUAUCGGUUUCGAGCGUGAACCUAUUAAGUCUGAUUCAUCGUAAAUCUACUCUCUCUUAUUGUGGGCAAACCUACUUUUUGGGCAAGAAAGUUGUUGCAAUUGGGAGAGUUUUUCGUUUUGAGCCAUUUUUAAUUUUGAAAAUGAAUCUUGUUUUUAUUGAAGUUUGUUGAGACAAGUUUUAUUUCUUAAUGAACCAUUUGUUUUUCUUUAAAUACUAUCUGGAUGGAAGAGUUCAAGGUGGUUGAUGAAGUAUGUGGUUUUGUAUUUGAGAGAAAAGAUGCAUUUUUAAUAUGUAACUGUACACAUCAUAUGUGUCUGAUGUGGUGACACCAGCACUUAAAAUAAC